CUAAAAUUAUCUAUGGUUUUAACCUCAAAUGUUAAGAUGUAUGGUUAAUUAGAAUUUAUGUCUUUAUUAAGAUGAAUUAAAUUUUAACGUGUUUUAGUUUUAAAGUGAACAUUUCACAAAAAAUAAUUAUCAGAUAACGUAAAAAGAUGAACAAACCUUGUGAUAUACAUAAUGAACAAUCGUUUUCUUCAGAGUCAAACCAAUGGAAGGACCCCAACAAAGUUAUGCGUUUGUAUUGUUUAAAAUUAAAAGAGAAGCAGCUGAAAGCCCGAAUAAAUUGUUCAAAAAAUAAUGCAUUAUGCCCCUGUUCGGAGAAUAUUUUAUCUAUUAAUGUAAGCACAAAAAAAUCCGAAAAGCGUAAAAAUCCGUUUGUUUGUAGUACUUCAAAUAAACGCGAAAAAACUGAAACAUAUUUAACCGACAUAGAGGCAUCAGCAGACCAGACAUUGUUUACUUUAUUUAAUUUUACCAGUGAGAGAACGGCAAACAUUCAUAGUGCAACUUCUUUUGCUAAUGUACUGAAUGGAAUUGAUGAUAAUGUACACAUUGAAAGGUCCAAAGUUAUAAAAGGGGAAUCCUGGAUUCCUGUCGACUGGUCUUUAAAAUCAAAAAUGCGUUUUAUAUCUGAUAGACCGUUUCCGUGGAAUCAAAAGUUAAAAAUCAGCGAAGAAGCUUCAGGUAUCACUAGUUUUGUUAGGUGCUUGGGCAGCACAUCAGAAAUUACUCUUGACACCUCUUCUAAUGCAAAGUUUCAUCAAUGCUGCUUGUAUUGGCAACAGCCUGUUUUCCCCUGGCUUAAAUUGUUUCCUAGAACUUCAACAAAAAUUUCUACAUCUGGUACCAGUAUGCCUAUUUCCACUACAAUUAAACACAGUCUUCAAACUGCCUGGUCAGAUAGUAUAAGGUCCCUUUUUCAACUGAUUCGUACUAGGCAGUGUCCUUACUUCUAUGUUUGUGCUAAUAACUAUACAAUACUAUUCAGAGCUGCAGGGAUAUGUGGACAUUCAGAAUUGCAUGUUAUGGUGACACCAACAACUAGAGGAUUCAGGCAGUUACUGAGACAAGAAGAAAUUGAAUUUAAAAUGCCUCUUAAGAAAAAACCAAACUGUGACCAAGGCUAUGAAACUACAACACAAGAUACUGUGGUCGAUUCGGAAUUAAAUGACGAAGAAGAUGAAGGUGAUGAUGAGGAAGAUUGGUUGCUCAGUUUGGGCAUGAACGCCGAUGAAAUUAAGCAAAUCAAUUACAAGCAGCAAAAAAUGAAGUUCAAAGGAGAAUGUGAAGUUGAUAACAGUGAACAAAGUUUAAUUGUUAUUGAGGGAGCAGAGGUAAACUCUUUUUUUAAUUUUUUACUGAAUUGUAAAAGUGCUGUGUCGACGACGGGCCCAUUAGCUGGAAUUCCCCCGACGCUAUUGGCCCCUGUAGCAUUUAACGGAGCCACUUUGAAUUCCAUAAAAGUACGUGAAAGCAAAGUACAUUUCGAUAACGUUGAUUAUUAUUCGUUGGAACUAAACGGUCCGAUUUUACCGCAUGCAAUACACAAUUUAUGCGAAAUUUAUCCCAGAGAACAAAGUUUUACAGCAACAUUUGCUAAUAUUAAGUCAACAGUGCCUCUUUGUCAUGUGAAAAUAUCGAAUUUUUCAAAUUCGUCAGCUGAAAAAGGAAAAGUCGAUUCGGGUAGUGCGGUUUUUGGACAAGUAAAUUUAUCUGAUUGCGGCCUUAAUUCAAAAAUUUUAAAACAAUUUUGCUCUGCUGAUUCGAAGCGCGUGGAAAGCAUCGAUUGUUUAAAGUAUACUGCUGAAACUAAAACUUAUACAUGGUCAUAAUGUUUUAUAAUCACACAAUUACAUGCCCCUUAAAUUUCACAUUGUUACAUUAAUUUUUUUAAUUAUAAAAAUACAUAAAUUUCAUUACAUUUAUUGAUCAUUU